UUUUACUUUAACCAGGCCAAGUGGGUUGCGACGCACACGAGCUACGAGCCAAUCGUUGGAUUCAACAAUGUUGUCAAGCGCUUGAACGCCCAUGGCCGAUUUCAGCCUCCUCGUGGAAGUGCUCCCAAGCGUCUCCUCGGAGGCAAAACUUAUGCCUGGAUCGACAAGCCAACCAUUUUGGAGUUUGUUCAUUCCGAAUCGGAUCAUGAGAAGACUGGACACUGGGGUGACAACCUGCCCCAGGAACCAAGCACCUAUGUCGACUCGUACAAGAAGAAUUGA